AUGACGCACAAGAAGGCAGAAGAUCGCGAGCCUUUGAGCUCCUCUUCCUCUGACAGCGGAUCUGAUGAUGAACAACAGGGAGAAGAAACCCAAAAAGAAGAACAACAAGCAGGAGAUGGUUCUCAAGGAUCUUCUCGUUAUCGUCAAUCAAGAAAUGAAAGAAAAGCUAGAAAAGCGGUGAUGAAACUCGGCAUGAAACCCAUGCCAGAUAUUGUCAAGGUCGUCAUCCGCAAGGCGAAACAGGCUUGGUUCGUCGUCUCUAAGCCUGAUGUCUACAAAAGCAUGAAUGGUGAUACAUACGUUAUUUUCGGCCAGGCAGAGAGUAUGACUCCGCAAGCACACGCAGAAGCAGCACAGCGGUUUACACAGGGUGUGAUGGGAUAUGGAGGUCAGGAUGCAGCAGCAGCAGCAGCAGCAGCAGCAGCAGCAGCAGCAGGGAAGACCGAUGACAAGACAGCAGCAGCAACAUCAGGAACAGCAGCAGCAGACGAAGAAGUAGAUAUGACGGGAGUGAAUCCAAAGGAUGUUGAUUUAAUUGUUUCUCAGAUUAGUUGCAGCAAAGGUGAAGCUGUUGCAGCACUAAAGAGAAAUAAUAACGACUUAGUAGAAGCUAUCUUAGAGCUAGCGGCAUAG